UUUACACAGGCAAAAAAAUUGCAAAACCUUUAACCAAAUAUCGGUGGUAUUAAACGAAAGCACAGUUAAAAAUGAAUAAAAAAAUGGAAAUAACCAACAAUUUGUGUAAGGGACCUCCCUGCCAUUACUUGCUCUGUCCAUCUCGCUUUACCGGUCAUAAGUGUUUUUGUUUUCUGUGAAUUAUCGUAACCGACUUUGGGUAUAUUUUCUACAUUGCACAUUAGGAUAAAAUUUCCAUAUUUUUGGCAUAAAAUAUUUUGUGAAAUUUUCCACAUUUUUUUUAAUCCGUUCAAAAAUUGUUCAACUAUCAUAAAAACUAUUAAAAAAAAAAAUGUUGUUACCAUUCCUUGCUCUUUGGCAAGUCUUCAAAGUCAGCUGUUCGAACUAAGCUGGGUGUGCCUUAAUUUCUCUUUACCAAAUAUCGCGAAUUUCUUUCGGUUGAAUUAUGGAAAAUAUUCGUCAAGAUGUUUUUGCAUUCCAGUGAAGAAAAAACAAACUAUAAGAAAAUGGAUUCCAACAAAAACGAGAGCGAAAGAGUUUGAACAAAAAACUACCGAGACAGGUCAACGCGGUAUUUACAACUACGCAUUGCAAAACAUCAAACUUAAAAAAGCUUAAUAUAAUUUAAUUUUUAAAUUCUAAAUCUAUAUAAUGGAGAACCUGGAUCUUGCCGGCUAUCAUGACACCACAAUACGAAACUGGACCAGUCUAGGCGCAUUUGAGCAGCAAGAAGAUGCUGCGUACUUGUCCAGCUCGCGGCAAAUAUUGGAGCCCAUCAUGGAGGAGACCAGCGAGGACGAGGAACUUGCACAGAGCAGGUGGAGUGACUGCCAAGAGCACCGCUCCACCCUCUUGAACUCCACGGAGUCCGAAACGGGCUCAGUGUUACGCAUAGAAGUAAUUAAUGAUGUCGAUGGCAUGUCUGAGCGGGACUAUGCCUGUCCACCAAAGCGACCAAGGCGCAGCCUAGAGACGGAUUCUGGUCAAAGCCUUGAGGAUAGCGUCCAGCUGCGGCGCCCUUUGCUACCCGAUCCCGAGACGAGCGUCUCUCUAGAGACGUGUGUUCGGGACAACUGCGGAAGCCAGAGCCAGCGGAGCAGCUCUGGCAGUCGGCGAGGCGGCAGCUUCGAGGACUUCUAUUCGGACAACGACUCCUACCAUUCGCUAUCGCGCAGCUCCUCCCUGGUGCAGUUCGAGUCCCUGGAAAGGCAAUUUACGCUCCAGGAGAUACACCAGAGUUUGAACAGUCUGGGGAACAGCUCACCGUCGCUAUCCUACUAA